AUCGUACCGAACUGUCUUGAGAUCGACAAGCUUGUGGAAUAAGUGAAUUUUCUGUGAUGAUUUAUCCCGAAAUCGAAACACUGAGGAGGAUGAGUGAGACGUUCGAGAAAAUGCCGCCGGAUUUUAAACGCAACAACAACAAGAAUCAAUUGUUCUUCGUCAAGGGACACGGAUUCUUCCGGAAGGUGUUCCCCAACAGCAACUUCAACUACGAGUACACCAAAAGGUCCAAAUGGUUUUUCGCCGGACUGUUGAUCCUCUUUUCUUUAGCUUUUGUUGGCACCAUCAUCAUGUGGGCGACAAGUUUGUUCGACAACGCAAUCUAUUCGAAUUUGGCGUUGGUUAAUGGUACCGAAACGUUCGAGAACUGGAGGAAACCACCUGCAACAGGUAUAACUCACUUCUACAUCUUCAACUACACGAACGUUCAAAAUUAUGAUGAAGGGAUCGAUGAGAAACUGGUAGUCGACGAAGUUGGACCCUACGUUUAUGAGGAAUUCAUGGAACGAGUGAACAUCCAAUUCAACGAAGACGGCACUGUUUCUUACCAAGAAAAACGCAACUGGAAAUUCAGACCUGAACUGUCAAAAGGACACAGGCAGAGCGACAGAGUGGUAGUACCGAACGUGCCACUGUUGAGUGGAGUAGCUCACAGUCGUCACCAGCCUUUAGUCACGCGACUUGGAUUCUCGUUCAUGCUGAAAGGUUUGCGUGAAAAACCAUUCUUAACUUUGCCUGCGCAGAGAUACAUAUUUGGCUACGACGACGACUUGUACUACAUUUCUAAAAGCAUUUUGAAGAUGAGGGACGAAAAACCCUCCGAAGAAAUGGGUUUGUACUCAAACAAACUUGGAAUCAGUCAGGAUGUUCUGACAGUUAACACAGGUAUCAAAGACAUAAACCGAGUUGGAAUGAUCGAAAGAGUCAAUGGUGAACCUUCUUUGAACCACUGGUCCACUGAUGAUUGCAACAGUUUCAAAGGAACAGACGGGACCCUCUUCCCUCCAAAGCUCAUAAGAGAAAAGCAACAGGUCCAUUGGUUCAUGAAACAAAUGUGCCGCGCCAUCCCCAUGGACUUCGACAAAGAAGUGACGAUCCUGGACGGUCAGAUUCCCGGCUACAGAUACACGAUGCCCUUCAACAUCUUCGACACACCGGACAGGCACGCCGAGAAUCAAUGUUUCUGCGACCUGAAUUCCGGCAAUUGUCCCCUUCAGGGAGUCUUCAACUCCACACCGUGCAACUUGGGUGCCCCCAUGUUCAUUUCUCUGCCCCAUUUCUACAAGGCCGAUCCCAUUUUGCAGAAUUCCAUCUUGGGAUUGCAUCCGGAACAAUCUAGACACGACAGCUUUGUGGUCAUUCAUCCGACCAUGGGCUUUUUGAUGUCGGGCACGUCUCGCUUCCAGGCCAACAUCCAGGUGCAGAAAACCUUCGGAAUAAACGAACUGGAAUUGUUCCACGAGGACGAGAUGAUGCUGCCUCUUGCUUGGUUCGAAGUGACUCUGGAGGACAAGACUUUGCCCGACCAAUUCGUCAGUAUAAUUUACAAAACCACCUUCACCAUCAAAGGUGUAGAACUGGGCUUGAAAUACGGUUGUCUUUUGACCAGCAUAGUUUCAGCCAUUUGUUUGUUCAUAAUACUGAACGCCAAGUUCGAGGCGAGGCAAAGAACCAGCAGUAUAAGUCCCUUACGAACCAGAACUGAAACCUGUUGAUGGUUGUUAAUUAUAUUUAUUUUUUCACGUCCGUCCUGUCAUCGAAAUCAGGUUCGAUCCCCGAUAGAACCAAACAUUUUGACUGUCCGUCCGUCCGUCAAAAAAUGUUCAUUUAGAAGUGCAAUAAUUUAGUGUGAUAUCAUCGCUUCAUUUUUUACAAGACUGAAUGUUAUUAAUUGUUUUUUAUUUACUGUUAACGUUUAGACUAGUUUUAUACGUGUACGUAUGUUAUUUAAUUUAAUUAGAUGCGUGUUUGUUUGUUACGAAGAAAAUAAAGGAUGUUUAUAAUAA